AUGGCAGCAUCUCCAGCGCACAAAAUAUAUAAUAACAUGGAAAUCACAUUGACAAACUGCACUUUCAAACUCAGAUCGCCAACCCCCGACGAUGCAGAAUUUCAUUAUAAGUUGUUGACCAAUAAACAAGUCAUGAAAUAUGAUAGAAUACACAACCAUUAUGAGCUGGGUGAAGAUGCUGCCAGCAAACAACAUAAUAUUGGUAUCCACAGAAAACAAAUUCAACAAAGUAUACAGAAGUCGCAAAAUGGACCUUACUGGGCCGAGGACGGAAAAUCCGCAAAUCAAAAUCUAUGGGGCAUGGUGGAGUUUGUGAUCGAAGGUACUGAAGGAGCCGAUAAAGGGAAGAGACUUGGAUGGACUGGCGUUCAUUCUUUCAAGAUCGACCCAGAAGCACCGGAAGAUAAGAAACUCGGAACUGGAUUACAAGCUCGGUUUCAAUGCGUCUUGGAAACGGAAUACCAAGGAAAAGGGUUGGCUACCAAGUGUCUCAGACUUAUGACACAGUUUGCUUUCGAGAAGCUCGAGGACGCUGGUAAAUAUUAUAUCAACAAAUUCGAAAGCGUAGUCCACAAGGAAAAUCAAGCUCUCAUUCAUAUAAUGGAGAAGAAAGCAGGCUGGAAGGAACCUUUCCCUAUGGAGAAAACAGAAGAUGAGCAUCUUAUCUCAUACAGAAUCACAAAGGAUGAGUACCUGAAGAAGAAUCCAUUCGCAGAUGUUGCUGAAUUCAAGCACUGUUAG